UUUGAACGUAUCUCCAUCACCUUGUCAACUGUUGUCAAGACAGCGUGUAAACUUUGGCUUGAGUUGACAUGGCGGAGCAGUUGAAAAUUAAAAGUCAAGUAAAAGAGUUCCAAAAAGAAUACGUCUGCAGAAACUGCCAAGCUGAGGAGAGCAGACAGAAGGAAAAUCAGGCUGCCAUCCGGAUUCAGAGCUGGUUCAGAGCUUGCAAGGUGCGGGCUUACCUCAGCCAUCUGCACAAGAAGGCAAUCAUUAUACAGAAGAUAUGGCGGGGCUUCACAGCAAGGGCACGUUUCAGACAAAUGGUGAAGGCGGCAUAUUUUAUCAUGAAGAUGAAUUUCUACGAGGAGAUGGCGGUCAGGAUCCAGCGGAGAUGGAGAGGAUUCUUUGUGAGGAAGUACAUUUUUAAUUUCCACGCCCGCAAGAGCUAUCUGGAAGGACUUUCAAGGAAAAAUGAACUUGUCAGGAAGGAGCUGGAUGAAUUUGAGGAACUCCAGAAGAAAGAGAGAGACUGUCUACAGAUGGUGAAAGAGCAGACAGCCAGAGUCUACCAAGCUCAUCGAUUACACCAUCUCCUCAGUACAAAGCAGUGCCCAGGAGUCUUCAACUCUCCAUUCAGGCCAGCUCCCCAUGAGAUGGAACAACUGCUAAGGCAGGUCAAAUACCAGCCCCCAACCAGGCUGGCCCCCAGGGGCAGGGAAUGUCUCUUGGGCAAGCCUGGCCCAGCAGCCCCCAAUUUCCCUGGGACUCUGGGAUCCCCACGGGUCAAAACCAGUGGAACCCUCUGCUCCUCCAGGCCCAUACUGCCCCCUAUUGCCAGCAAAACACAGCAGGGUCUGUUCAGAGAGCCGGGAGAAGUGUGGGAGCAGCGCAUGCACUGUCCUGACCUGACGUUGCGUCUGCAGACUUUUCACACACAUCUGGAGGAGGCCCAGAGUCAGUUACGACAACAUGAGUCCAUCAGACUCCACAGAAGCACACUAGGAACAGGAAACAUGCUCCACCAUCAGAGCCACAACAGCAAUUCUUUUACUCAGCCAGCCUGUGCCAAGAGCUUCAGAUAGUAUAUUGCAUGCUGACUCCAAGAGGAGCCUUUCAAGACAAUGCAGGUUUCCUUGCCUGUUCUCCAAGGCUGGCAGCAUUGUGUGACACACCUCUUCCUGGCCUGAAAAAUGAAGAAAAGUACAAAUAAAGAUUGUUUAAUGUAUUUAUAUGGCAUUUAUUCCAGUAGCUGUUGGUUCAUCUGAACCUUUUCUUCUUUUGACUCUUAAAGUUCAGCAUUGUCUGCCAAGUUACCGUUCACCUCAUGUGACCUAAUACAGUAAUUAGUUUUCUGCUGCUUGAUAUGUCAGUUGUGUUGUCAAGAAUGUGUGUGUGUGUGAAUGAGCGGAAAUGUCUAAUCUGGUGGGCCAUUCUGAGAAACAGCAUGUGUGCCUGUAGGCAGUGAUAGUGUCAGCAAUGGAAAGCAUGAAGAACAUCUCCCAUGCUAUUCCUCAACCGCUCUGUGCUGUUAAAAAUGUUUAUAUUGACAUGCACUAUCACAGUGGGGUUGGAUCUUAAGUAUAGUUUUCAGUAAGUCAAAUUUCCUUUCUAGCAAUAAAAGGUCAAAAUAUAUGAAAAGCAA